GUUCAAAAUCGUCGCCAUGGCCGCUGUUCAUCUAUAUCUAUAGACCCCUUUCACACAGGCAAUUCCUGUUGCGGCAAUUCUUAGUUUUAUAGGAGAGGGGGCGACGAGGAGAGGAGAAUCGCGCCGAGUCUGCUGUGUUCGAGCAACACGCUUUGUGUUCUUAUUCGUAACAGUUCGCUGCUACGUAACAGUGCUGCAUUUGCGCACAUUUUGAAAUUAAUGUAUACAAUAUAUUUGAAAAUUUGAAUUUAAUCAUUUAAUUUUGUAUGUAAUUUGCAAAUACAUAUAGAAAUAUGCAUAAUAUAAUUAAAAUGUGUUAGAAAAUUGCGAAUAACGAUUAUUAUUAGUUAAUAAAAUAUAUUUUUUUGCUUGGAAACGAUGCGUACAAGAAGUUGAGAAAAUUAUAUGAAAGAGAAUGACAGAAAAACACGAACAGAGUUGUCGAACAAGAAUUGCUCGUGUGAACGCAAGGGGCGACAGCAAAAGAGAAUCGCCCGAGAAUUAACAACAGAAGUUGCCUGUGUGAAAGUGGACUUACUAAUUAUAUAAAUUCGCUCAUAUGAAAAAUGUUUGUAAAGGCUAAUCUCCUAAAGUUCUGAAGCGAUUUUUAUAAUUUUUUUUUUUAAAUAAAGCAUUUACUCUAGGCUCGCGAGUGGCAUACUUAUUUUUUUAAUUUUCCGAAAUCAAAUCCUUUUUCUUUCGGGUUGAAGUUUUUGAAAAACCAAAAAUAUUGCAAGCGUAAGGUUUUUCGUUCACCACACGCAGUCUACUGCGAAGCGCGUUUGUGUGUGUACGGGUGCCCUUUAUCGUUUGCGGCACGCACUCUCUCUCUUCCAUCUCUGCACAUCUUUUCCAGCAUAACGUAAUGAAGUAAAGUACAUACAUAUGUAUGCACUCUCUCUCUUCCAUCUCACGCAUCUUUUACUACAUAACUUAUUGAAGUAAAGUACAAAGCAAAAAAGUUUGCAUAUAUAAAUGAUCGCAGAACAAGUGAAAUAACGCUAAACAGCACAAUCAAAUGCUCGCAUAAAUUGCCGUAUGUAUGCAUUUACUUAUUUUACAGCAACGCACCGUUUAUAGUUUAAUGGCAUCCUGCGACGCUAGGUAUACGUUUACCUCUGCCAGCAUUGGUAGCUAUGGAGGACAAAGUGACGGAGGUGUCUUUCAGCAAUCUAAAUUUGGUAAAGCGCUCUUGGAAAACAAAUUGCCACUACCACCAAGAGCUCCAUUAUUAAAUGAAUCCUCAACAGAUUUUCCACAUUUUUUUGUGGCCGACGCAGCGUUUCCGUUGAAGGAAAACUUAAUGCGACCUUACUCCGGUGCACAGCUGCCACGAAACAAAGCAAUUUUCAAUUACCGGUUAUCGCGAGCUCGUAGAGUUAUCGAGUUAUCGCUCGAUGGCGUGUUCUACGAAAGGUCAUAGACUUUAGCGCAAAGAACUGCGAAACAAUUGUGUUAACCUGCUUGGUUCUUCACAAUUUUGUAAUGUUGAAUGACCAUGAUCGUUGGUAUUGUCCAGAUACAUUUGUAGACACAGACACCGCAGACCAUGGAAUAUUGGAGGGAGAAUGGCGUGAAGAUUUAGAGAGUGUUGGAGGUGCAUUACAUUCAAUAAGUUCAACUCGACGCAAUGCAUCUUGUAUCGCAUUCCGUGUAAGGGAUUUUUUGGCAGAAUAUUUUAUUAACCAGGGAGCAGUUUCAUUUCAAGAAGAUCGUAUUUAGUGUAUAUUUAUUUUAUUUAUAUUUAUAUUUAUUUAUAUCGUAUUUAAUGUGUAAAAUUGUAAUCCAAGUAUGAAGUACUAUACUUUUUGUUACGUUAACUUUUUUAUGAUAUUUUAUUAAACCAUAUGUUUACAUGACUUAGUAACAUAUUUUUCCGCGCUUUGUAUGUGUGUGGUGAAUCUUAGUAACCCUCAUUAAUUUUAUUAAACUUGUAACAAACCAAUUGUAUUUCAUCAAAGAGAAUUUCCAUUUAAUAAUAAGAAUUUCCAUUUAGUAAACGUUUUACAAAUA